AUGUCCACGUUUAUGGCGCUUUCGUUACUCCUUUUCGCACACUGGAAUCUGGAAUCGCAGUGUUCGGCAAAUAGACAAGAGCCAUUUCGUUUGACAUCGGCCUCUGAUACUAAAAGUUUAGCACUACCGAACUGGAUCGUUCAUCAUGCUGGUCCCAUUGCGCCGUUCCAUCAGAUCGGAACGUAUCAGUCACCGCCCAAAGGCUGCAAGAUUGUUCAAGUGAACCAACUCCAGCGACAUGGAUCCCGGUACCCGACUGCUCAAGUCCAUAAAACCAUCCAUCGCGCUCUGAAAAAGCUUAAACAGUCUUCCCAUCUGGAUGAAUCUCUAGAUUUCAUCACUGACUAUCAAUACCAUUUGGGCGAAGACUCGUUGCUUCCUUUGGGAGCCAUGGAAAGCUUCGAAGCAGGGGUACAGUUUGCAUCGCGCUAUGAAGGGCUGAUUGAUCGAGAAAACCUCCCGUUCAUACGAGCUAGUUCAUCCGAACGAGUGGUCGAUAGCGCACAGAACUUCACCUCGGGACUCGCCUCCUGGCUUGAGAUAAACAUCAAUCCUAUAGAACCUCUCGUCAUCUCUGAAGAUCCCGACAGCAAUAACACCUUAGACAACAAUUCGUGUCCGAACCGGGAAUCCAGUGGUGAGAAGCAACAAUGGCUAAACAUUUUCGGUCCAAGAAUCACCGAAAGAUUGAAUUCGCUGGCCAUAAAUGCCGAGUUGAAUAACGAAGAUACCUUGGCACUUAUGCAGGCAGGCUGUCUAGCUUUUCGCUAUUCCUUCCUGGUAAACCGAAAUUGCCGCUUUUGA